AUGGAGAUAGCAAUGUCAAAUGCACGUCAGCAGAAGAUCGAGGGUGGUAUCGUGGAUGACAAUUAUAAAAAACUCCAGAAACUCCUCAAGACUGUAAUUAGAGAAAAGAACAUUGAUGCCUUUAUCCAACAAACUCCACACUAUCAAGAAGGCCACUGGCAGGUUGAUGGAGUGCAAAAUAGACGGGUUUUGAUUGACUCUGGCCCGGGCACGUCAAUUUACUCACAGCGUGAACCGUCUCAUUUUGUCACAUUCCAGACGGCAAGUUCUGCACUGGCCUGCAUAGGAACUCAUUUAUUCCAAUCCAUCAAUGUCAUCCAAAAGGAACGAUAUGGAGAGCAUGCUCGCCCACACGAUUACCUAGACGAUUUUGAAUCAUUCUUUUAUAUGAUUUUAUGGAUCUGCAACAUGUACCACCGCCCUAAUCAAUCCAUUAAAGAUGGACCAGGUGUACUUGUUUACUGGGACUCCCCAGACCCUAUCAUUGCCGCCAGCGUGAAGACAAAGUUCUUGAUGUAUCCGACGGUUAACAUUGCACCAUAUUUCCACACUCUCUUGGGAAUGAUCAAAGACAUGGCUAUGUUCCUCUUCAAACACGCCAUCCAGAAGGAAGAUGAAUCUAUAAGCAAAGAGCCAAGGAAGCCCUUCCUCAGUCUUUUGGAGGCUUCGAACGCGGAUUACAACACUUUCAUAGGAUUUAUUGAGAAAGCUAUUGAUAAUUGCGAGCUCGAAGAUUUCGACCUUUCUGUGUCGUCUCCCCAGCCCAAACCAAUUACCCCUCCUCACCACUCUUAG